AUUAACGAAAACACAACAACAUUAACAAAAACACAACAACAUUAACGAAAACACAACAACAUUAACGAAAACACAACGGAAGAGGUAGGUCCCAGUGGGAGACCUAAGAAGUCGCUGAUUGGACGACAGGUCGUUUCUCUUUUGAACCGGAAGUUAUUCUGGCUUUAACUUGAUUGCUAAAAACAUGAAUGUUCUCAGUGAUCCAAACCUCAGUACCGUUAUUCGGGAAUAUUUUGAGUCAGGAUAUACAUACGAGGUGAUACUGGACAUGCUCCAGACCAACCACGAAGUGUCGGUUAGCCUGCGUUCUUUAAAGGCUCAUUUGAAAGUAGCAGGGCUGCAUAGACGAGGCAACUACUCUCCACUUUCUGACGUGAGACGUGCCAUUAUGACCGAGCUUAGAGGACCAGGCCAAUUAUUUGGCUAUCGGACCAUGUGGCAGGUUCUCAAACAAAAACACAACCUGCGUGUCAAACGUGAUGUUGUAAUGAGACUGCUGAGGCAGCUGAAUCCUCAGGGCAUCGCUCUGAGGACUCGCAGGAAGUUUACCAGACGCACGUACCACUCUAUGGGGCCCAAUUACAUAUGGCAUGUAGAUGGCUACGACAAACUGAAGCCAUUCGGCUUGGCCAUCUCAGGAUGCAUUGAUGGGUUUUCUAGAAGAAUGAUGUGGCUUGUUUGUGGGGCAACAAACAACAAUCCCUCUGUCAUUGCCCAGCAUUACAUAAACUGUGUCAAGAGUCUUGGCGUAAUACCAAUGAGACUGCGAACAGACCUAGGCACAGAGAACGGGACUAUGGCAGCAGUACAAUGUACCCUCCGGCAUGCGCAUACGGAUUAUUAUGCUGGAUCAUCAAGCCACAGUUACGGAUCAUCCACAGGGAAUCAACGCAUCGAGUCAUGGUGGUCUUCUUUCAGGAGAGGAAGGUCUCAGUUUUGGAUGGACUUGUUCGGAGAUUUAAGAGACUCUGGAAACUUCAACGGAAGCCAUGAGCACCAGUGCUUGCUCAGAUUCUGCUUCACCAGAGUUCUGCAGAAAGACCUGGAUGAAUGCAAAGGUCUCUGGAAUAACCACAGGAUCCGGCCAAGCAGACUUGCAUCAUGUCCUGGGGGGAUUCCUAACGAACUCUAUCUCUUGCCUCACAGAUAUGGAUCAAGAGAUUGUGGAUUUCCUGUUGAGGACAGCGAUCUGGAUGUUUUCCCAGAAGCAAGUCAGGUGACAGAGUUGUGUGGGGAUAAAGACAUCGAGGAAUACCUACAGGAAGCCAUGCAACAACAUGGACAACAGCAGUCACAAGACUGGGAGUCAGCAAUGGAAUUGUAUUUAUUGCUCAAAAACAUUGCGAGGCUGUGAACACAAACAAGCAACAUCAAAUCUUAUAUUUUGUCUCCUGUUCAUUUUGUUGAUAUAAAGUGAAAACUUCAUUGUUAUUCAGAAUUAAACUUUUUUUAAUACACAAAAUUGUGCAUUUAGUUUGAACUAUGAAGAUAAAAUCUGACAUUACACUCUUAAUUAACAGUUUUGAGUAUUUGUUUUAACUUGCUAAAAGUUGCGAGAAAGAACAUAACAAGAAAAAGGUUUUGCAAAACAAACUAUUUUUUGGAAACACAUUUAACCAAGAAACCAUGUUUUUCAAUUUUAGUAACAUCCAAAUCCCGGAGCAUUUUGUAUUCCAAAGUCCAUGUUAGCUCUAAAAUCAGCGUAAGAUUCCAAAAGUGGCAGUUUAAGUGUGUUUGCACAGGUGUUUGCAAUAGGAAAGGGUGAAUCACUCAAAAACUCAAGAUGUGGGGAUGGCAUCAUGCCUGCUGGUGGAAUCGUUGUGAGACCUGUUGCAAACAUCAGGACUUCCUCUAGAGAUACAGCAGUUGUUUUCUCUGAAAGAUGAUAAACAAUGUAGUUAAUAGAUAAUGCCUUGUACAAAUUAUUUCUUUUUAUUUUUGUUUUCCAAUAAAACAAACAAUUUUAGAAUAACACAAUUUGUUCUU